AUGCCCCGCGGGAUUCCCAACGCAAAACGCGACGAAUCCGCCCUACGAUAUACUUCAUUUCAUGUGCCUCUCGCACCCAAUCCCAAGCAUGUGGGCUCAACGUAUCUCAAGUCUGAAUCUCAGACGUGGUGGAAUAGGAAUGCAGUACGGACACAGAAGUCGAAGAAUGUGGCGGAGGACGCUGGGCAGGCUACACCGACAGAGGGGGUCAAAAGUCAUUGUCAUCCACCCGGGCUCGCGUUUCCUCCGAAUGGGCGCGCUUCAGAUGUUUCCCCCCUCGUUGUACCCAAUGUUAUUGCUCGCAAGCACACCGCUCCGGUCCCGUCUCCAACCUACGUUGAAGGCAUUUCCCGUCCUCGAGAUGACCGUAAGCGUUCCGCCCCGUCUACCUUGGCCCCCAGUGGCGAUGAAUACGGCAUCACCAUUGCCUCAGAUGACCCGUUUGACGCCAAAGUUGCUGCUAUUACUGUGUCUCUUCGUGACCGCAUGCGCUUCUACAAGCUACGAGUCACAACCAACUCAGCCAGCAUCGCGACGAGCUUCAAUGAGCAGUUCAAGCCGGAAAUCAUCCCCGAGAUGAAUGACCCAUAUCACAUCGACUGGACGACGUCAACGGAUGAGCCGUAUCUGGUGGGCGAGAACGCUUUGCGUCUUGCCGACCCGGAGAAGUUGGGCUAUUUCGUUCGUUGGCCCAUCUACGGAGGCAACCUCAACACUCGCGACUAUCCGUCUACACAACUAGUGUUAAAUGAUAUAGAGGCUAUCUUCCGAGAAGCUCUUAAGAUGAAGGAGAUAGAACCUAGCGCAUACAAGGACUACUCCGUUGUCCUGGUCAUCCCUGACUACUACGACCGACUCUAUGUCGAGAGCCUCGUCAGGAUCCUGCUCAUUGAUAUGGGCUUCAAGCAGAUCUGCGCUCAGCAAGAGGCGUUAGCUGCAACUUAUGGCGCUGGCAUCUCGAACGCCUGCGUGGUCGAUAUGGGCGCAGUCCAAACCAGCAUCGCAUGUGUCGACGAUGGCCUGGUUAUCGCAGAUACCAGGAUCAUCCUGAGUAUGGGAGGGAAUGACAUCACUGAGUUCCUUUACGUUUUGCUGGAUAAGAUUGGUUUCCCAUACCGCGACAUCAACCUCGCCAAAUCCUACGACUGGGCUGUCAUGGAGGAUCUUAAAUCGCGGCUUUGUACUCUGGCAGAGGGCGAUGUUGCACUGAACCUCUACGAUUUCUCUGUUCGACGGCCUGGCAAAGCCACUGAGAAGUACGGCCUUCGAGCAUACGACGAGAUCAUCCUGGCCCCCAUGUGUCUGUUCGAGCCUCGGGUGAUCAAGUUCGACCGGAAGCGGGCAGGCAUGCGCUUCCUCAUGCGUGCCCCAGACAUGACUGAGGAGAUGGUGGAACAAAGUACAGGAGCAGACAAGUUCUCUCUGGAGCGAUAUGUACGUAUCGAUGUCACACAUGUCCUUGUGCCUGCACCUUCGACAGAGCCUCCACCAGGUUCAAUCUCGGUAUCCCAGACUCCAGUCGGAGACGGGCAGUCGCUGGCCGUGACACCCCAGCCUGCUGCUAGUGCCGCAGGAACUGCGCCCGCUACCCCUGCUCCCGACGGUGAUGCCGCCAGGCUUCCUAAGGAGGAAGACGUCGAUAUGGGCGAUGUCAUGGUAGGGAAGAACGGCAAGAACGACGGUAAGGACGACAAGAAGGACGCAACCAAGGGCAAGCAGAAAGCAACGAACGGCACCGACGAGGCUCCUGUCGAGGUCAUUGAUGUGGACGAGCUUGACACCAAGCCUCUCGCUCCGACCCCGAUGGCUCAGGCCGUCCCGGUAUCGGUCGCGCUCCCAUUCAAUCCCUACAACAACAUCGAUGUGAGCUUCGAGGCCAGCAAGCUCCCCCUCGAUGUAGCGAUCUUCAAUGCUGCCCGGGCUGCAGGCGGGGACGAGAAGAUCCGGAAAUAUCUUCAAGCUGUCCUCGUCAUUGGCGGGACCGCGCUGGUGCCUGGUAUGGCCCAUGCUCUGGAGAGCAGACUGCAAGCGAUUGCGACGCCGCUCGUCCCGAACAUGGAGAAAGUGCAGAUCAUCCCUCCGCCCAAAGACGUCGACCCGCGAGUGCUCGCUUGGAAGGGCGCCGCGGUGCUGGGCAAGAUGGAAGGCGUCGCGGACCUGUGGGUGACAGGCGCAGACUGGGAAAUGUUUGGGAUACGCGCCCUGAAAGAACGCUGCUUCUACCUUUGA